AUGGCAUCAUUGUCAGUUUUUCCAGCUCCUCCCUCAAUGGGCGAAGUAACUUUAUGUGAAAUGAAUGCCAGAUUGAUAGCUGAGGAUUACAGCACUGCAAAGUUGUCAAAAUAUGUGCCCGCAACUCAGGUACAGUCCGUUUCAAAUGACUUAUUACCCAGACGAAACUACUAUUACUAGCAUGAUCUUUUUUGAGACCGUAAACCAUAUCAUUAUGAAAUAGCUGUACAUCCAGUGGGGUCAGAUUGUACUGAUGAUAUAAUAAUAGCGCUGAUCAGACCACUUUUGUUACAUUUGCUCAGAGACGAAUUUAAAAUUACCCUAGACACAAUAGACAAAGGCUUGUUUGGGACCAGAUAGUUUAUUAAAUGCAUAUUUCUUACGUACAUAAAACACAAGACUAUUAAAUCAAAGUUAUUCGACGGAUACACGAAAACAACGGUCUAGUAAUCGGGAAUAAGUUUCAAAAACUAAUGAAAUAUAGAAAUAAUCCAAAUUGUCUAUGGUGUGGGAGGGGGGAGGGGGGAACAAAACUUUCUUAGAAGCUACAAAUAAACUUUUUGAUUGCAUGCUUGAUUGCUAAUAAGAAGUGCACAGACACAUAUAAAAACGGUAAUAUAUUAAAGUAAUUUUGCAAUUAAAAUGGGCCAGCGUGGUGCAUAGCCAUUGACUCUUUCCAGUUUUUUUGAUUUUCAUGCUGAAAAAAUUGCUCAAUCCUAAGGAAAGGACUAAUAUGUAACCUGCCUGUGCCCAGUCUAAACCUCUCAGUUGUCAAUGUCUAGAUUCUUAUUAAUAGACAUUAGCAUUCACCACAGCAUGUAUCAGUUUUGAUCAAAGUAUAAAGUAUUUUUGUAACUGUACAUUAUUUUUAGAAUAAAAGAGAUUUUGUACAGCUGAUCUUUGCAAACAUCAUUUUAGAGGGCAUUUAAGUUGGGAAUUCUCUUUAAAAUUGAGCACCCCAAAGGCACACAGGUUUAAAGCCUGGUCAAGGUGUAGAAAGCAAAGGUGGCUGAUUUUUCUUUUCACAGGAAAAAUUGAGCCAUCAAAUCUAGCGCUUGGGUAGGACAUUUGAACACAAUUUUGGCCCCAGGGGAUGGGGAAUUUGAACAACUUCAAAUGCAUGAGAUGGGUAGGUUGCCUGGAGGGGAAUCAAUGUUGAAGAUUUGAUUUGAUUAAUGCAACAGUUCUAUACUAAUCUAAUCAUUUAGGAUCUUAAGGUUAAAAUUCUUGAAAUUUUUGAAACCCUUAUGAUUCCAAUGGAAAGAUAGGAAUAAUAGUUUUUGUGUUUCAUCAGGGGAUCAAGUAUCCUUCAAUUGAUGUAAACAAAGAGAGUGCAAAGACAGGAAAUAACUUGUCCAGCUCUAUAGAUCCAGAUUGGGGGUCAUUAGUGAAGAAAGAAAAAAGUAUUUAUAACAAGCUUCUUAAGGUUUGGUAAGUACAAGCAAGAUAUUUGUAUAAAUUUUUUCCAGCACAUCACCAAAUAAAACAUUUACAUAUGGCAAAAACAUCCUGAUAUAUACGUCCUUUAGCAUUAACUUUUCCAUGAAGGCGAAAGUUUUCCUCAAGUUUCAUUUUCAGAAAAAUGUUUGUUUCCAGAUGGCCAUUGCUAGGCAUCCUUUACUACUGUGGCAGGGUUUUGUGAUUCUGUUUUGUUGUUCAUAUCAAAUUGUUUCAAAGAUCAUGGAUUGCAAUCUGUUUUAAUCUAUUAACAGUAAUCAUUACUCCAUGAUUAGCAUUAUACAUAACGAUCCCAUUCUCCAUGAUGGUAAAAUGGUUUCAUGCUCAUUGAUCCCAUGUUGCGUAGGAAACCAUGACGUGAAGCGGAGUGGUUUCCAGCUUAUCAAGUGUUCUCCCAACCUCCCAAGUGUUUAACAUGAUAAUGUCCAUAAAAGACAUACAUCCAAGCAUGUAAAAUGGUUUUUGACCAAUGCCAUUAUUUUGAUAUAAGACAGUUACCUAAAUAUGUUUCAUAUUUUGCUGCCAUUAUUUGACAGUUACCUAAUAUGAACCUAUGAAUAUAUACUGUACUUUGAUUUGGGCUCAGUAGGCACAUGAAAUUGAAACCUAAAGAACUAUUUCCCUUCCAAGUGUUGUAGGGAUUGGUAUUAAUUCAUGGAAUUUUAUGUAAUUUUAUUAUCUAGGCAUUCCAAAGGAAUAUCUGAAAUGCUACAAGAGGUCAAGAAAAGCAGGGAUGAAGGUACAAUGUACAAUCAAUGAAUGUUCAGAAUGAAAAAGGGAGGUUUUUUUGUAAUAAUAAGUGUUUCAGUCCUCAAAGUGAGUUAGUUUGGCAAAUUGUAUCAUUACUUAUGGAUGUUCAGUUCUGUCAGAACAUAAUUAUUAAAGAUGUAGACUGAAAACCACUUUUAAACUCUUUAUGGUGGCCAGUUUACAUUAUCAACCCAGUUGAUAAUACCUUAUUACCUACAUUUGCCUUUGUUUGGCUUACUUUUUCGCUAUAUGAAGAAUAAGAAUGGCUGAUAAUCAGCAAAUCUAUUCCCUCAUGCAAGGAGGCAACCAUGGUCUCCAAGUCCAUUAAUAACAAAUUGUUCUGACUACAGCUAUCUAAUUUAAAUGUUUCAGCAAGGUUGUCAAAAAUAUUUUGAGUAACUGAACUACUGAAAAUUUAAGCUACAAGCAUUUGGAAUAGCCAGCUUGUUUUUCAGAGAAGACAGUAAAUUGUGCCAGUUACCUGCUUACAUUGACAGCCUUAUUAAGUAACUAAUUAAUCUUCAAAAUUUAUGAUGAAAAUUUACUUGGCAAUGAAUUUUUUUCCUUGACAAAGUUCCGUCAUGGUUUUGGCAUAUAAGCAAUGGAACAGACACUGUGGUAAGAUGGUUCUUAUCGCUGUAUGGCUACAUUUUCCCUCAUUUAAAGGUAAGUUUUCAAGAAACCUUUAAAAAAUGUGUUUAGGAAGAGCAUGGUUGGUAUUAGAAAAUGUAAUAGAUGUAUGAUCUGAACUGAGUCAGUGGCUGAGUUGUAACAAGCAUGGCAUUUUGAAAAGCAAAAUGUUCUUCUUGGGAGGUCUAGGAUAUGCUCCUUUGGAAAAAUUUGAGGUUUGCUGAGAGGAGAUUUCCAGGAUUCUGGGACAUAUUUGAGUAUCUUUUUUUUUCGGCCAGUCAUUUAUGUUAGAAUCAGUUGAAAUAUACUUUAGCUAAUAUUUUCUGCAUUUGAUCACAUUUCAUAAAGCAGUUGGCACUAACAUUUUUUAAGAGCUGACUGGUUUUUGCCACCUACUGUCUUUUAAUGACAACCCUGGGAGAGUGUCUAUUUGUGAAACCUAUUAUUUAUUAAAAAUUUAGCUUAUAUAAAUACUACAAAUUUGAACUUUUUUUGGUCAAGUUAAAGGCCUGCAGUGCUGUAGAUGUAUAUGUUUUCACAGUUAAAUACCAUGUAAUUUACAGAGAAACAUGUUUUCUGUAUUGUUAUGAGUGUGGGACAAAAAGAAAAAAAAGUUCCCAUGAGGAAUUGAACCUUAGACCUUUGGACACUCUGAUGCUCUACCAGUGAGCCACAGCGACUCUAUUGUGAGCAAGGUCUAUUACUAACUUUAUAUUUGACAUGCAUCCUUCAUACUGCUAGGAUCAGCCAUGUCGAUAUCAUUAUGUUUUUUAAAUAGAAUAAGGAAGAUGGUAAGGUCUACGCUUAGUAAAGAGAUAAAGAAAGAUGUUUUUUGUCUUACCAUGGUCUUUCUCUAUUUCUGUAAUGUAAGUCUAUUUAUAAAAUUUACUUUUUUAAAUCUUCUCUUUUGGCUUUCAGUUAUCCAGAGAGGAAAUGAUUGAUGCCUUUUCAUGUGUGUCUUCUUGGUAAUACUUUAGAUUCACAAAAGUAGAAUUAGUUUGAAAAUGUGUUUUAGGUUAAAUGAAAUAUGGGUCAGAGUGAUUUUUAAACCAGUAUGAUUUGUAACUUUUCUUUUUUAUUUUGACAAAAAUUAUAUAUAACAGUUAGUAUGAACCAUACGGAAAUAAUUUUUUUAUUAAAUAAUUAAAAAUUUAGACCUGCUAGUGAAUUAUUUUAUAUGCAACUCACUUACUUUUUGCUUAAUCAUAGUUUUUAUUACAUUCAUUUUGAAAUCGCAGGAGAUCCUUGCACUCUGAUUGGCUCCCAUGAGUGCAAUUUAAUAGCUUUCCCAUAAGUCACACAAUUUUUGCUUGAAAUUGCAUCUUUUCUCCAGCCAAUGGGAAAGUUUUACUUUAACACAACAACCAAUCAUAUUUCAAGGCUUGUUUUAAGGAAUCAAUCAAAAUGCAGGAAAAUAACAGACAGCUUUAAAUUUUCAACUAUUUACUUGAUACUGGGUCAGUUAAAUAUUUGUACAGACUAAAAAAAACUGUAUUUGAGCGAGUGAAUGUUGCAAUUUCAUAAUGGAUGUAAUAAAGUGAUAAUUGAACUUUGUGUUGUGUAAUUUUGGGCUGAAAUCAGACUUAUGAUUUCAAAUCAAACUUGUGCUGCAUAUUCAUUCAGUUUUGAAAUUGUGAGUAUGAUUUCAAAUUGCACUCCACUCAGUUCAAUCAUCAUUGUGCAAUAUGUGCUUUUUCAGGUGUAGAGUUAAAUUAUUUCAUUGAAAUCUAUUUAUUUACAUUAUGAAUGGUUUUAAUGAAAGAAGAUCUCGCUUCAGUUGAUUAAUAAAUGUAACUGAUAAAUUUAAAAGCAGAUGAAAUAUUGUAGAUUAUAAUAUGAGUUACACUCUUGAUUUUACAGGAAAAACUCUCACAUCAGGGCAUUUGCAUGGCACCCUCAUGUUGCUAAAUUUGUGGUGGCAUGGCAGGUUUGUUUGAAAUGAUAUAAAAGUGUAUAAAUUUUUGAAAUAAAGUUUAGUGGGAGUGAUUGAACAAUCAACAGGGCAGGGGAGGGGGGAGGGGGAAGAGGAGGGGAGAGGUGAGAGAGAAGGGUAGGUGUCAGUACAGGAAGCUUCUACAUAGGUCUUGGAGCAUGUUGCAGUUUCCCAUGAUUUUCAUGGGGAUGUGCCUUACGAUGUCUACCACCGUAGCCCCCUUCCCAUCCCCACUAUAACUUGUUAAAUUUAUUAUUAAAUCACUUGUCGAGCCCCACUCUUGCUGUUAUUGAAAAACUAUAGCCUGCCAAAGGAAGGCUGCCUCGAUCACUUUAUUGUCAAUUGCAUCAGAGUCCUAUAUCUUUGUAUAGCAUGGCAUACAAAUUGGUGUCUUUUUUCAAUUUUUUUAACUAGUUUUUCCUAAAGGUGUCAGUGUAUGUUUAACACCUUUAUUUCUCAUCAGUCUCCUGUUCCUUUUAAUCUGCUUGGUUGCGGCAUUGAACUUAUCAAGUACUCUUUGAUACUUUUUCAGGAUGAUUCAGUUAGGGUCUAUACAUUGUCAAGGUGGGAUAUUUUAUGUUACUGAAUAAUAAGUAGUGGAAGUAGAGGUAGGGCUGAAUCAGAAGUAAUCCACUCAGAACAACAUAUUAAUUAAUUCAAAGAAAAUCUUGUGCUUCACAUGUGUAAAGACAUUUACAUUGCCUUGAUAUUUUAUAUAUGAUGGUAGUACAGAUUGAAUGAGAUGGCACAGUGGUGUGAGUGCUCAUUACCUAUAGGUGUGGCCUGGGUUUGUUUCCCAGACCUGGUUUAACAUGUGGGCUAAGUUAUGUAAUUUAUGAAGAAUCUUCAUUUGCAAGAAUAUCCAAUUUAAAAUAAUUAGCUUAUCUCCUUACCUAAAAGGUGACAUUUGAAUUAAAUGCAGAGUGUGUUCAUGCAAGAAAACAUGAUAGCUUGUGAAUGUACAUAUUUGGUUUUUAAUAAUUUUAUCGAUGGUAAGAUAAAAAAUUGUUUUUUGUUUUAAUUUUUUUAGUGACUUGGUUCCUAUACUAGAGCACAAACAACAGAAAGCUGUUAGUUGCCUGGCUUGGAGGUAGGGCUGAUGAUUUUGAAAUGCUCUAGUAAUUAUCAUGUUGAAGUUUCCUUUAACCUUUUAACUACUGAAGAAUUUAAUAUCUACGCACAAUACCACCCAAAUCACACAUUAAGGUCAUGAGCAUAAAGGAAAUGAUCACCAACUAAAGAAGCUUUUGAUUGUAAAACAAAUUCUCCUUGUUAGCACCUUAGGAAUUGUAUGGAGAACAAUAUGGAGAAAAUGUAUAAUGGUGUAAGGGUUUAAUGGGUUAGAUUUUGAAGUGCAAUACAGAUACACUGUAUGUGUGGUGAAUUUUUUUCUAAUUAUUGUUUCCAUGUAUUUUAUUCUUAAAUUAUUGUUUUUAAAAUUUAGACCUCUGUCAGGAUCUGUAUUAGUGGUUGGCUGUGACUGUGGUUUGUUUGUCUGGACUGUUAAUCCAUCAUCACCCAUUCUAAGGUAUGUAUUACUUUUUUUUUUUUUUUUUUUCGUGAUAGUGACCAAGACCUAAUUUCUCCUUACAAUAUUAGUACAAUAUCAAGUAGGCAAGCUAUGAGAAUAUAGAAAAUUAUCAUUUGGGAGAUUAUUAGUUGCCCCAAUACCAAAUUCUCAGCACUAACAUCAUAAGUAUUGUGUAGCAGAUAGUAAGAAGAAUUAUAAAUGAGAUCUUAGGAGUGGGGGGGGGGGGGUUAAUCGCACCCCUUCCACUUGGAGGGGGCACAUUUAUUGUGUCUUUCUUGAUUUGUUUGUGAGCAUAGUUGGUAAUGAAUUGUAGGAAAAAUGUUUCACCUGGCAAAGUAAUAAAUCUGAUGUCUUUUUCUCUGUGCAGACUUGGAGGUAGCUCUGUGCGUCAUCUGUCCUAUCCAGGUCAUAGCCCAGUAACAACUGUCUCAUGGAGUCCCAGUGGACAGUUGUUGGUGUCUGGUUCACCAGCAGACAGCAAUUUAAUGGUACCUAAUGGCUGAAAUGUCUUCUUAGGAACAUUUUAAAUUAGGAAGAGAGCAACAUGGUAGAUGAUGGUUGCCAUGUUGUGUUCCUUAAUUAGAUUGUCGAUUGGAGAAGUCUGAUGAUAAUUUUUUUCAAGAGUUGCCAAAUUUAUAACUUACAGAAAACAGUUGAUCCCUGUAGAACACAACUGUAGAGGGUAAUAUUAGAAGGGUUUCAAUUUAUGGAUUGUUUCUGCAUCUUGCAAAAGUCAACUCUUCAAGUUUGUCAAAACUUCAUGACAUUAAUGUUUCUGUAAUUUAUUUCUCUUGUAAAAAUUUCUAGGUGUGGGAUGUGGCUCUGGAGACAGCCACACCCUUAUAUAGAGCAGGAGGUGGUGUAACACUCACAUCCUGGUCACCAGAUGAGAGGAAUGUAUUAAGUGCCACACCCUCUAGCUUGUUCAGGUUGGGCUCAUUUCAAAAAUAUUACAAAUAAAAGUUGACAUGUCUGGUCAUCUUGGGCAAAUUGUUAUAGCUGUCAAAGCAACUAACUAAUUCAAUACAGUUAUUCACAGAUUAAUGUCCCUGCUUGAGUGUGGUAACAGUAUUUUCUGGCAGCUGUAGUCAACAAUAUGAUGGCUCAUUUAUGUAGAACAAUCCCUAGGAAAAGGGAAUUACAGAUAAAGUCGUAUGUCAGUAACACAAAGGGCAUCAUCAGUCAAAACCUCUGAUCCUAAAACAUGUUUGGGAGACCUUAUGAGACCGAUUCUUCUAGAAAACUCUUUCAAAUUCAAUGACAAACACUAUCUACAAACACUCUGAAUAGCUAUGGGAAAAAAUAGCGUUCUGUACGAUCACUUAGCUUCGAAGUAUGAAAUUGACUGCUUUUGAUUAGCACAAGUUUCUGGGAGUUGUGAGAACUGAUUUUCAAUCAAGACAUGUAAGUGUUGAUAGCAGUUUUCCUACCAACAGAGUUUGGGAGACUCAGACUUGGACAUGUGAAAAGUGGUCCAAUUUGGCAGGGGCCUGUCAGGUAAAUAUAUUAAACCUGUAGGCUUGCUCUUCCUUUUUUUAGUAUGAAAGGUAAAAUAAAUUUUCAAACCAGUAAAGUACUUCUUUGAUCUGCUGAAUAUUCAAGAAUUCCAAGCAAUUUUAGGCAGUUUUAAGAGGUACUACUGGCAGUAAAGUUUACUGGCUACUGUCUGAGGAGGAGAGCACUGUGUAGAAAAAUUGAAUUUUUUUACAAUUAAUUCAAGCUCUUUCCAAUUAAGGAUCUCCUGAGCUUUAACAAGAAAGGAAUAGCAUCUUUGAAAAUUGAGAUACAUGCAAGACAUAAAAAUUUGCACCUAGUUUUUGAGAGUGUUGGCUAGUUCUCUUAACUAAUCAUCAAGAAAAGUGAAUUAAAUUUUAAACCAAAUGAAUGCAAUCUGAAUUAUUUCUGACACUAAUUUGGAAAUCUAUCCAGCCUUAGUGGACACUGUUGAGUGACAAAUCACUGUCAAUUGAUUAGAAGAAUUUGCUUUUUAUGUAUACGGGUUUCAAUUUAGAAAUUGGUAGAACAGUUGCUGGUGUGGAAUGUUUAUGGAAGUAAACAUAUUGAUGGUGUGGAUGAUCUUUACUUUACAUUAGGCAGCCUGUUGGAGUCCUGAUGGCAAGAUUCUUGUGUUUGCUGUAGCAGAUGAACCUGCUCUCUAUUCACUCCAGUUUCAGAAUGUUGGUAAGUGAAUGGCCUCUCCUCGUGAAACAAUUUGAAUGCUCUUUAUGUUGCCACUGUAAUCGUGAGUCAGGAAAUAAGAAUUCUGAAGAAAUUAUUUGUCCUUGAGCUUAGGAGUACUCCUUUACCGUUUUUUUUGUUAACCAGGUCGAAAUAUUAAUUAUUGCGAAUUAACGGGCCAAAAUUUUCUUCACUUGCCAUUGGAAGCUUGUAGGGUUAGUUAUUAGCUAGUGGUUUGCUUGUAUGGUAUGAUCUCAGUUCAAUGCAAUUGGUCUUUGAUCUUCUUAUUUCGAAAGUAAAAGUCUGUAAAUUAAAGACUGUGCGUGACAUUUUGCUUGAUCAAUACCUUUGUUAACCCUUAAAAUCUCAGAAGUGAUUGACAUGUAAUUCUCAAUAUAAUAUCCAUACAUUAUCCAGCAAAUAGGUAAUGAGAAUACUUAAAUUUAUCAGGUGAAAGUCGUCAUCUUGAUCUAACACCAAAUUCUUGUAACUCAUUACUAAGGAAAUGUGCAGCAUCUAGAAGAGAAUUAAUUAUCAGAUCUUUGGAGUGAUAGAGUAAAAAAAAAAACAAAGUAACAAUUACUUAUGACAAAAAAUAAAAAGAAAUUUUCGAUAUCUGUUUUAGACGAAGGGCGCCGUAAUGCAACGGUGGCAAAAGGUGCGCGUCUGGCUGUGAGGUGUGCUGAUUUAAUGCCGCAUACCUGGGAGGAUACUGAUGGGUCAGUAACUUUGGGUGGAUGUGUGCGCUCCAUGGCUUGGGACCCAUUUGGUGAAAGACUGGCUGUUAUAUUUAAAGGUAUACAGGUGUCUCAAGAAAGGUUGUCGCAAAAAAACGUAAAAGUACACGUGACAACCCGAAAGGUAUUGUGGGUCGUUUUCAGGUCACGGUUUCUUGACCUCAGGAUGGUAGAAACAUCAGUGUAAGGACGAGGCAUAGCGGGUUCGAUGAAUUUAUCUGUUUAUUUGACUUAUUGAAAUGCAUCGAUUACCAGAUACCCAGGUUACGUUUUGAGAUUGUUCGCGUUCACUUUUGUCCAUUUUCCGACAGCCUUCCGCGAAACAGCUGUAUUUGCAAAGUUAGAUUUCAAAUGAGAGUCAUUUUCAUUGGUAAACCAUCAACCUCUGAAUGGACAUUCCUUUCUCUUCCCGAGGCGUCCUCAUGUGAAAGCUUUCACUUAAUGUAUGGUGUAUUCAUAACAAAAUAAAAGAUAUUCUCACAGCCAAAGACGACACACAGCUACACAGAUCAUACAUUUUAUGAAUCUGUAGACAAGUUUUGUUUGAAUGCUGAUUUGCUUUUUAGGACACCUGUAACUUAGCUACGUCACCUCAUGUUUCAAUGGGUAAUUGUUAUCGGUGGAAAUUUUUGUUCCUUGACAGAUGAGAAAAAACAUGCUCAAGAACUAGUUGCUGUGUUCAAAACCAGAUUGAAACCAUCAUUUGAAAUCAUGCCAUGGUAAGUAAUAAUCUCGGAAACUUGUAUCUGUGUACAUGUAGGCGUGUCCAUUCAUCUGCUCUUACAGGUGAAACGUGGUCAAGCCUCCUUUGUAAAAGAAUAAUUGAACCGAAUUAUUCCAAUACUUGUGUUGAUAACGUAAAUUAGCCACCGUAAACAGUUUCUAACCCGACGUUUCAUGCGUUAGCAUUUCGUCAGAGCAGAUGAACGAAGAAACACUUCACAGUGGCCAAUUUACAUUUUCAACUCAGGUUAUAAAACCAAAUUGUUUUGUUAUACUCCUUCACCGACGCAGCAUCACAGUUUCUUUAGAAACUUACCACCUUUAUUCCAAUACUUACCUUAUUGAAAAAAAAGAUUUUAUGAAUUUAGAAACCAACAUCUGAACCUUUGAGAUUGGAAAUAACUGAAUUUUGCGGUGAGGAAUUUUGUUGAAUUGAAAUAUCAAAGGAUGUAGUUAUUUGUGGAUGUCUUUGUAGCCAUGUGAGUUAGUCAGGAAAUUUUUAGUAGGUUAGUACAUUCAAUAUUCUUUAGAACUGUUUGAAAAUAACUUUCCACAGUUUCAACUGACUUUGACUUCCCUAAUCAAUUCUCUGUGUUCCUGUUUCGACUCUGAUGGUGACUUCUGCCAAGGUUUUCAAAAUAUCAGUAAUCAGUACCGAUCAUAGUGCUUCUGCGGGCUACUCUCGCUAGGACGAUUAGGCUAUAACUUUUUCCUGUUUUUAUUGCAGUGGCUUUGUAAGGGGACCUCCUGAAACAGUUCCACAAAUUGUUACUUUUCAACAAGACUUCAAGAAAGGAGCACUUCUGACUGUUGUAAGUCGAGAUUGUGGAUGAAAAUUUUGCAAGUUUAAAAAGUGUGUAGGGUAUGAGACUGGCUCAAACAUUUAUCUGAAUUCAUGUUAGAGAGCAUUCCCUAGUUUUGUUGGCAUGAAGGAACCACAGAUGUUGCUACUUCUGUAGCACUGGCUACUAGAAUCAGAUUCAAUGCAUUGGUGGAGAGAACCUCUUUGAGAUUAAGGUUAAGUCUAUGAAUGGCUCCAAACUGAACUAAAUAUAAAGGCUCUGAAUUCAGAGUUUUCCGGCGUGCGAAAACUGUGUAACGAUUGACGGACAUCGGGAACGGCUUAACCACCAGUUUUUACCGCAAAUGCUUUGCCCAUUGGAAAAAAAUGAUCAUUUCAAAACAGGAAAAACAAUCGGCUAACUCGUACCUACCAAUUACACAAACGCGUCUUAGAAUAGACGCAUAGGCUCGUUUGUCUCAGUAUGCGUAUGGCCUUAUACGCGUACUAAGCGCGUAAAACGCGCAAAGUACCCUACAUCUCUAAGCUACACUGUAGUCGGAAAGACAUGAUUAUAACGCUUGAAAAGGUUCACUGUAGUGCCAUUGGACAUUUGCGAAAUUUACGAAAUUGUAUUUUGUAGAUUUAGACGUUAUGUGUAUCAAUAAUUUUUGGUCUGUUUGUUUUUGCAGUGUUGGUCAGAUGGAAGUGUAUCAUUUAUUCCUUUACUGUUUUCUCCAUCUUCUUCCGUUGGUUCCUUCCAAAAUGGAGCGUUGAAGUCACAGUGAUCGAUCAAAUGAGCUUGUAAAUAAGACUAUUUUUGUCAUUAUAGUAUUGAUAACGGACUCUGUAGGAGGAACACUUUCUAUUCUCAAUGUUAUAACAGAUUUAGAUUUCACGUGUGGUAUCACGUGAUUUUUUAUGUAAACAAACCCCGAAAGUUCGGACAUUGAGUCGAGCUCGCAGCAUAUGUGUCCAAACUUCGGCUUUGGAAAUUUUUCUUAAAUAACUUCCCACUUUCAAGAAGCGUUGAGGUAUCGUGAAUCGUUUUUAAGGUGCCAUAAGCUCAUCUCUUUGUCGUAACCAUUAUGUUUAGGUAUACACUUACUAAACAACUGCAAUCGUACACGUUUGUAGAGUUGAAAUCGGUUUUAUUUUUGGGAAUCAAGGCUUCCUCACGUUCUACAGCGAGCUCGACUCGAUGUCCGAACUUUCGGGGUUUGUUUACAUCAAAAAUCACGUGAUACUACACGUGAAAUCUAAAGCCCAAAAGGUGAAUUGGAAUUAAGUUAAAAUACCAAAUGAUUAUUUCUUAAAAAAAGAACUUGUGAUGAUUCUUUGGUUUCUUAACCAACAUUUAAUUUCUCGUUACAGUAAUACUGCUAAAUCACUCAUUAAGAUCAAGUGGUUAUAGGAAAUGAUCGCCAAUCCCAAUGAGGUUUACCUUUAGCUGUAAAACGGCCAACCUAUUUAGCCGUUAGGCUCGCAAAUUGACAAAAUUUAACCGCCAGUCGUAAAAAAAGUCAACUGUAAACUUUUUUCUCUUAACCAAAAAACCGAUAGCCGUAAAAUGGCCAAAAUUUUAAUCGUCAAUAGUACAAGCUAUCUAAGACCCUCUACCAAAGGAAAUGCUUGGAGAUAAUAUAGAUACUGGUCAGCGGUUAGGGUGUAAAGGAUUAAGCCCCUACCACAGAAAGCAACAGGAUCAAUGGGGAGAUUAAAUUGUCUAGCUACUGGCUAGACACUUUAAUCUCCCCAAUCAUUCUAGGCAGCGUGUUGCAGUUUGCGGCCUUUCCUUACAUCUAGGCAGUUUGGAAAGCCACAAAACUCUAGAACAAAAAUUUCUCUCUCUAAUCGGCACUGUUAAUCCUCACUGUAUUACGAACGCUUUUCAUUCACCUAAUGUAUUCGUGUUUUUCUCGUUGCCGUCUUCCCACCCAUUCUGCAAAUAAACACA